AUGCAAAACUAUCAUCAGCAAAUGAAUAAUGUUGAGCAACAUCCAUAUUAUUAUAUGCAACAGGGACAAGAUCAGAACCCAAAUGGUCAACCCGAUCAUAUUAAUAUAAAGAAAGACGAUAGUAUCUCGGACCAAGCUGCCUCAUACUCGGCACACCAUAAUGGUGGCGCAAACACUCUGGCCGAUCUGUCCGAUCUCACCGAUAAAUCAGUGUUGUUGAAGCACGAGAAUAUUUUACACCAUGACAAAGACUCGACUGCUAAAAUGGAACCACAAGAUCCUUCGAUUUUACAACAACUCGGUUAUCAACAGCAACAACAACACAUGUCCAAUAUAAUACACUCUUCUUCAUCGCCACUCUCCAACAAUACACCAAUAACAACCUCAACAACAACAUCGUCUCACGGCAACAUAGGUCAACUGCAGCAAUCAGGCAAUUCGCCACAGCAACAAUCUCAACAACAACCGUUGGUCUAUGAAAUUCCAGAUAUUCUCUUGGCGCCUGGCACUAGAUCACCAUACAUUCAAGAACUCACCGACUCAAUCAUCUCUAUCAUUCUUGGUAAAGCGCACAAAGAUGAACCAAUCUCACAAGUCUACACCAAUAUAGCCUCGGUUUGCCGACAGUGGCAUCGACUAUCUGUAGACCGAAUCACCAACUACUGCUAUCACUUGCCACCCGACAAGAAAAUCACCAAUUUCUUCUCGAACAUUGCACACAACAAAUUCCCAAAUCUACACACCCUCCAAUUCAAAGUGUUGACACCGACACUCUUUGAUGUGACCAGUUUCGUAAAGAUGAUUCUCAUCGACAAUAAACUCAUCACCACACUGGAACUCUCACAGAACGGUAUAGGAAACAAAGCGGCCACCUGCAUCGGAACUUGUCUCGUCAACAACACCACCAUCACCCACCUCAACCUCAGUUUCAACUCGAUCGGUAACGAGGGUGCCGAAGAGAUCUCAAAGGCACUCGGAACCAACAAAACACUGACUCACUUGGAUCUCUCACAGAACUGCAUCGGUCUCAAAGGCUCGAAAGCACUGAGCACUGCCAUUCAGACAACAAAGACACUCCAUAUCCUCAAUCUCUCAAAGAAUCGUUUCGGUACCAAGGGUAUCGAUGUGAUUGCCGACUCGAUCGGCAAGAACACCUGCUUGUUGAAUAUCGAUUUCUCAAGGAAUGAAAUCUCUGAGAAGAACGCCAAGAUCAUUGGUGACGUAAUCAAGAAUCACCCGACUCUGCAAUCCUUGAAUUUCUGUGAUACCUCGCUCAAGUCGGACUCGAUGAAGUACAUCUCUGAGGGUAUCCAGGCGAGUCAGACACUCAAUUCGAUCGAUCUCUCAAGAAACGAGUUUGGUUACAAGGGUAGCAAGAGUCUGGCAGUGGCACUUCAACACAGCAACUCACUCGCAUUCCUCGAUCUCUGCGGAAAUGAUAUCGGUGACAAAGGUGCCAUUCCCAUCGCAGAGGCACUCGCUGACAACAAAUCACUCACAAAUCUCUCGCUGGCAUUCAACAACAUCGGUACACAAGCUGCACAACAACUUGGUGCAGCAAUCAAAGUCAACAAUUCAUUGGUAUCACUGGAUAUCUCGAUCAAUGCCGAGAUUGGACCAAUCGGAGCAACUUCGAUCAGUGAGGGUCUCUGCUACAACAAGCGUCUGACGCAACAAAUCAUUCUCACUCAUAACAACAUCAACCAACAGGGAGUGCAAACCAUGAAAGACACACUCGAGCAAGUCUUUGUAGUCACCUUUGACUCUUAUAUCUAUCCACCAAACUCACAAACCAUUUUAUCAAAUCUCUAUAUUACCAGACCGAAUCAUAUCGUUUGCAAAGUUACCAUAUAA